AUGCCAACUUCUACUGAUCAGGAUGUUUCUAGCAAGGUAGAUUUACUCAUACCAACUUCUACUGAACAGGAUGUUUCUAGCAAGGUAGAUUUACUCAUACAAACUUCUACUGAACAGGGUGUUUCUAGAAAGGUUGAUUUACUCAUACCAACUUCUACUGAACAGGAUGUUUCUAUCAAGGUAGAUUUACUCAUACCAACUUCUACUGAACAGGAUGUUUCUAGCAAGGAAGAUUUACACAUACCAACUUCUACUGAACAGGGUGUUUCUAGCAAGGUAGAUUUACUCAUACCAACUUCUACUGAUCAAGAUGUUUCUAGCAAGGUAGAUUUACUCAUACCAACUUCUACUGAACAGGAUGUUUCUAGCAAGGUAGAUUUACUCAUACCAACUUCUACUGAACAGGAUGUUUCUAGCAAGGUAGAUUUACACAUACCAACUUCUACUGAACAGGGUGUUUCUAGCAAGGUAGAUUUACUCAUACCAACUUCUACUCAGCAGGAUGUUUCUGGCAAGGUAGAUUUACACAUACCAACUUCUACUGAUCAGGAUGUUUCUAGCAAGGUAGAUUUACUCAUACCAACUUCUACUGAAUAG